AGAAAACACCGUUCUAGGAGCAGAAGUGUCUCGAAAAGAGAAUUACGUGACCGUUUACGUAGGUUAGAGAGUUUGUUAGUUUCGAACAAGGAGAAUUUACCCCGCCAUUAUAACAGUAGCGGUGCAAGCUCGAGCGGCCAUUGCUCUCGAUCUCGUUCUAACCGGGAUCAUUCCCCAAGAAACGGUUGCGGCGAUACACGUAAUUCAAACCUUUUUUCAAGUGGUAGUAGGUACACCAGGCAUACCAGUUCGCCCCAUGCUUCUUUAAGCACCACACCGUCACCUUCCUCAAGGCGCGAUCGGUCCCCUCGGGUUUCUUUAAGCCACAGGGAUUCCCCGGACUUGCAGGUCACCUUCAGUCCGAGGCCAAGUGCUUCUCCGGAGCCACCAUUGGUCAUUCGGGAUGAUGCCAUUACCGAACCGUUGGUGGACGAGAAUAUUCUCUCUUUAGAGAAUAUCCCUUUAGAUAUAGACGAGUUUGCUGAUGUCCUGGGGAACGACGGCCCGGUCAAGUCAACACAGGCUGCUAACUUACACGAGGCAAUUGCGUCCCGUUGGACCCAUAUUUUACAGAACGGUGUCUCAUUAGAAACCCUUCAAAAGCUGAGUGAACAAUAUAGCAUCCCGGGAAACUGUUCACUACUUGCUCCUCCUGUGUUGAACCCCGAGAUCCUUUCGGUUCUAGCGAACGACAGAUCAGCUCGGGACAACUCCUACAAGGAGAUUCAUAGCAGAACUGCUACCGCUCUGACUGCCAUGGGUAGAGCGAUGUCGUUACUUUUACAGGACAGCUCAAUUGCUAAGGACCUUCGAGAUGCCAUUUUAAUGCCUUUGGGUGAUGCUAGUCGUAUUUUGGUAAAUUCGCUUUUUGUUAUCUCCGAUACCAGGCGCAAAUUGAUAGUACCAACGCUCAAUAACAAUAUAAAAGAAGCUCUAGAAAAGACCAAGCCAGGGGAGCUUCUCUUUGGCGCCAACGUCUCUGAGUGCGUACGGGACGCAAAAUCUAUACAGACUGCAGGGAAGGAGCUAAAAGCGAGUACCGGGACAAGAUUUUCAACAGCCAGAGGGGGACGGAGCGAAAGUUUUCGAAGACGGGAUUCAAGAGCCUUCGCUACUGAAAGAGAUGGCCGUCCUUUAAACCGCUUCGGCCCGACCCGUCACAGAGGUGUGACGAGGUCAUCCCGAGGGCACAAACCCCAUCUAAAGAGUUACAAACGCUAAUUCAGCAAGCAACCCCACCCUUUGGCGAACAACCUUUCUCUACUGGCGGCCAGGUUAUCAGGGAAGCGUUUACACGAAAGGAGCUGCCAAAAAAUGUAGUAGAAACAAUUUUGCACUCCUUAUCGGAAGCAACCAUCCAACAAUAUGGAGGGACGUUCAAGCUCUGGUGGCCCUACUGCGCCAAAAAAGGCAUCUCUCCCUUUGACGGCACACCUGCACAUGUGAUGGAAUUCCUGCAGUAUCUCUACGAUACAGGCAAUCAGAGCUAUGGAACUUUCAACUCGCAUCGUUCGGCCCUAUCUCUAAUCUUGUCCACCGAUUUAGCUGGCCACCCAGUUGUUAGUCGUUUCCUGAAGGGAAUAUCGAAGCUGCGACCGCAAAAACCUCGAUACGAUGUGGUUUGGGACCCUCACAUAGUGUUAAGUUUCCUGGAAAAACGUUCUACGCCCACCUUGCAAGCGCUCUCCGAGAAGCUAGUCACACUUCUGGCUCUUUCAACGGCUCACCGAAUGCAGACGUUUUCCCUAAUUCGGCUACCCAACAUCAUUGAGUCAAGGACUGGGUUUCAAAUAUUAAUAGAAGACAAAAUUAAAACUUCUGGCCCGGGAAGAAAGCAACCCUGUCUACAACUUCCAUACUUCACUGAGACUCCUAAUCUUUGCGUAGCCACAACAUUAAAGGAGUACUUGGCAGCGACUAAACAACUACGCACGUCAAACACUGAUUUCCUCUUUAUUACAUACAAGAAACCUCAUCGGAUAGCGAGUAAGCAGACACUAAGUAGGUGGGUGAAGGACACGUUGGAACAGGCUGGUGUGAAUACCAAAAUCUUCAAAGCACACUCUACCCGCCAUGCUGCAACAUCGAAAGCCUUCCAAUUAGGAGUGCCAGUGGAGACUAUUCGUCAAACGGCAGGAUGGACGGCGAAGUCCAAAACUUUUUGUAAUUUCUACAAAAGACCGUUUUCGGAAGCCAACCUGUUUGCUAAUACUGUACUUAGUUCUAGCUAGGUCAACGUAGUUCUAAAAUUAUUAAACCAGUUCAGUUCGGAAAGCAGAGUUCUUUCUCACAUAUCCUGAAAAACCUGUCAUCUUUAAACAGCUACAUAGUAUUCUAACUAAUGUCUUCGGAUUGGAUGGCGAAAUA